AUGCCCGAAGGAAUCGCUCUAUUUUCCACCCUUUUUUUUUCUUCUUCUGUUAACCCCUUUGCUACCAACAUCGAUGCUUUAAAUAAGAAAUCCGUCUCUGUAAGUGGAAAGGGGAAAACGUAUGAUGGCUUCGAUAGUGUUGGUGAUGCUCUGAUUGUGUUUAACAAGAUGAUUGGCCAGUACCCAAAGCCUUCAAUUGUGGAAUUCACUAAAUUAUUGGCUGCCAUUGUUACAAUGAAACAUUAUGCCAUUGCCGUUUCUUUGUAUUGCCGGAUAGAAUUACUUGGAGUUUCUCAUGAUGUUUAUUCAUUCAACAUGUUGAUUAAUUGCUUUUGUCAAUUGGGUCGGGUUGAUUUUGGGUAUUCUGUUUUGGGGAAAAUGCUCAAGUCUGGUGUUGAACCUAGUGUUGUAACUCUGUCCACUUUGAUUAAUGGACUUUGUAAGCUAAGUAAGAUUUCUCAGGCUGUUAAUUUGUAUGAUGAAAUGUGUAAGAUCGGCCAUACAGAUAAAGCUGUUAGGUUUCUAAGGCUGAUGGAAGGAAGAGGUUUCAAACCCAAUAUUGUAGCAUACAGCACUGUCAUCGACUGUCUUUGUAAGCACGGGCUGUCAAAGGAGGCUUUCGAUCUCUUCUCUGAAUUGAAGGUUAAGGGCAUUGGACCAGACACUAUUUCUUACACUUGCUUAAUUCAUGGUAUGUGUAAUUUGGGCCAGCAAAAGGAGGCAACAAGGCUGUUGAACGAAAUGGUGGAUAACAACAUUUCACUCGAUAUUUUCACAUAUAAUAUAUUGAUCGAUGCACAUUGCAAGCAAGGUAUGGUUUCUGAAGCUGAGCAUAUUGUUGACGCAAUGGUAAAGCAAGCCAUUGAGCCUGAUGUUAUCACGUAUAAUGUAUUGAUUGAUGCACAUUGCAAGGAAGGAAUGAUCUCUAAAGCUGAAGAUAUUAUUGACAAAAUGAUAAAGCGAGGCAUUGAGCCUGAUGUCUUUACCUAUAAUGCAUUAAUAGACGAUUUGGAAACUCCAACGUGUGCCGAGUCUAUUUUCAGUUUAGUUGAUCUCUUAAGGAAACAGUCACCGAAGGAAGCUGAAGAUAUUGUUGACACGAUGAUAAAACAAGGCAUUGAGCCUGAUGUUUUCACAUAUAAUGCAUUGAUUAAUGCACAUUGCAAGGAACGAAUGAUCUCUGAAGCUGAGCAUAUUGUUGACAGAAUGAUAAAACAAGGCAUUGAGCCUGAUGUUGUUACCUAUAAUGCAUUCCGAGCAAUUCAUCUUUUCAACAUUCUAGGUCAGAUAAGGAGCUUAAGGAUCAAAACAUCAUCAGCUUAUGCCCCCCAUCUUUUGUCAACCAAUGGUUAA